AUGGCAAACACACAAUCUAAAAAUGAUUCAUUAGAACAGAUUUCCAAGCUUAUAGCUGAGAAUACCGAAAUUAAAACGAAGUAUGCUGAGGAAACUAGAGCAAAGAAGGCUGGUCUUAAAACAAAAUUUGAGGAACUAGAAAGGAAAAAUAAAAUGGAUACCGCUAACCUUGCAGUUGAGAAUAUCGAACUUAAAACCAGGGUUGCAAAAUUGGAACAGAAGCAAUUGCAAACUAAUGAUGAUGCCAAGGGGAUCAAUCAAUCUUCAGUCUGUGAAGCAGGAUACCCAGUAUCUAAUACCAUCUCUACCAAAAUGAAAAAUUCUAAUGAUACUCCAGCGUCUAAUAUAUCUGAUAAUACUUCAAAUUCUGAUGUUGCUCCUGAACAAAUAGAUAAUAGUUUUGAGCCUAAAUCACUGGAAGACAAGGAAAUAGAUAAUUUUCUAGUCGAAAGACAUAGUGAACAGAUUAGUAAUGAGAUUAGAGAAAGAAAUAGGGAAAAGAAGCUUCAGGCCCAAGACUUAUCUUCA